UCAUUGGUUAAGAGCUGCUUUCGGCGUGGAGGUGUACGUGUUUUAAUUUUCCAACCCUCUGGCCAGCCAGGCAUGGGCAGAGAAGUCAGGAAGGAUGCCCUGCGAAGUGAAGACUGAGGGCAUAUGGACAGGUGUCCGUCUGGUCAGCUCGCUGAAGGUCACUGCUGGGGAAAGUUAGCGGGGUAUCCUUGGUGUCUGGGACUCAUGUGCAUUGAGCACCUCCUGUGUGCCAGGUACCCUAUGCUUGACCCCACAGGUCAUCUUGUGUAUGGCACACACAUGGCCAGAGUGGUUCCUACCUGCACUGACCCCCAUCCCGUGUGUUCCCGCAGGAUGCUGCCCAUCACGGAGCACCUGCUGUACCUCCUGGGACUGGAGAAGACUGCCUUCCGCUUGUAUGUGGUGUCUGCACUCGUCCUGUCCCUGCUCUUCUUCCUCUGCCGCCUGCUGAUACAGCUCCUGAGGUUCUCCUGGCGUUGCUACGUCACCUGCCGCCGGCUGAGCUGCUUCCCCCAGCCACCCCGGCGCAACUGGCUGCUGGGCCACCUGGGCAUGUAUCUUCCAAAUGAGACAGGCCUCCAAGAUGAGAAGAAGGUGCUGGACAACAUGCAUCAUGUGAUCCUGGUGUGGAUUGGCCCCAUUUUGCCGCUGUUGGUUCUGGUGCAUCCUGACUACAUCAAGCCCGUAGUGGGUGCCUCAGCUGCCAUUGCCCCCAAGGAUGACCUUUUCUACGGUUUCCUGAAACCUUGGCUGGGAGAUGGGCUGCUGCUUAGCAAAGGCGACAAGUGGAGCCGGCACCGCCGUCUGCUGACGCCCGCCUUUCACUUCGACAUCCUGAAGCCCUACAUGAAGAUCUUCAACCAGUGCACUGACACCAUGCACGCUAAAUGGCGACGCCUGGCGGAGGGCCCAGUGGUCUCCCUUGACAUGUUUGAGCACAUCAGCCUCAUGACCCUGGACAGUCUUCAGAAAUGUGUCUUCAGCCACAACAGCAACUGCCAGGAGAAGAUGAGCGAUUACAUCUCGGCCAUCAUCGAGCUGAGCGCACUCGUGGUCCAGCGCCAAUACCGCGUGCACCACCACAUCGACCUCAUCUACUACCUCACGGCAGACGGGCGGCGUUUCCGGCAGGCCUGUGACACCGUGCACCGCUUCACCACGGAGGUCAUCCAGGAGCGGAGGCGGGCGCUGCACCAGCAGGGGGCCGAGGCCUGGCUUAAGGGCAAACAGGGCAAGACCUUGGACUUCAUCGAUGUGCUGCUCCUGGCCAAGGAUGAAGACGGGAAGGAACUGUCAGAUGAGGACAUCCGAGCUGAGGCGGACACCUUUAUGUUUGAAGGUCAUGACACAACAUCCAGUGGCCUGUCAUGGGUGCUGUUCAACUUGGCCAAGUAUCCAGAGUACCAGGAGAAGUGCCGGGAAGAGAUCCAGGAGGUCAUGCAAGGCCGGGAGCUGGAGGAGCUGGAAUGGGACGACCUGACCCAGCUGCCUUUCACCACUAUGUGCAUCAAGGAGAGCCUACGCCAGUUCCCACCUGUGACCCUGGUCUCCCGCCGCUGCACAGAGGACAUCAAGCUUCCAGAUGGGCGCAUCAUCCCCAAAGGAAUUAUCUGCCUGGUCAGCAUCUAUGGGACCCACCACAACCCCACAGUGUGGCCUGACUCCAAGGUGUACAACCCCUAUCGCUUUGACCCGGACAACCCACAGCAGCGCUCCCCACUGGCCUAUGUGCCCUUCUCCGCAGGACCCAGAAACUGCAUCGGACAGAGCUUUGCCAUGGCCGAGAUGCGCGUGGCCGUGGCGCUGACGCUGUUGCGUUUCCGCCUGAGUGUGGACCGAACGCGCAAGGUGCGGCGGAAGCCUGAGCUCAUCUUGCGCACGGAGAACGGCAUCUGGCUCAACGUGGAGCCAUUGCCUCCGCGGGCCUGAUCGCUGGCGCUUCCCUGCGGAUCCCCGGGGGCCCAAGCCCCGCCCAAAGAGGCCCAGGCCCCGCCCUCGAGGGACCAGACCCCGCCCCCAGGGCCCUGAGGGCAGAGACCACGCCCCUCGAAGGCCCGGUUGGGCUCCUGGAGGACCAGGCUCCUCCACUGAGCAGUAUGAUGAAGGUGCAGGCCACGCCCCUCAUGGCAAGGCUCCGCCUCCUGACGGUCUGGUCCUCCCCCUUGAGGUCCAGGUCAGGUCCCCUGAGUGCCUGCUUUCCUGCUUGAGGGACCAGGCUCAGCCGCAUCUCUUCGGGCCCAGACCCACCCCCAGGAUCCAGAGCACUCGGGCCUUCAGGCCCCACCCACCCAGCCAUCUGAGGACCCUAGACCUGACACCUAAGGCCUCUGGGAUUCAGGACCUGUCCCCCGUGGAUCUCGGCUGGCUUUUAAGUUGAGGACUUGAGAGCUGGAGCCUGAAGUAAGAGCACUGGACCCGGACGUCAGCUUCU